ACCUCCGUAGGUGAUAUAAUACUACCAGAUGGAUCCUGUUCAGCAUAAGCUCUACCAUGUACAUCAAUUCCACUCCAGGAACUUUCUAGAUACGUACUGUGCCAAUAAACCUGGGAUGAUCUUUGAAGAGGAGGGUAUUAAACUUCCCAUGGAGAAACUUCAUUAUUACUUUAGGUUUGCUAAUAUCGAAGGAGGGUUAAUGAUUGACCUGUCCAUCGGUCCUGUCUUUUUCCACCUCUAUUCAGCCUGUGAGUAUUUCAGAGAGAUCAUCCUCCUGAAAUUCAACGAUCACUGCAUCAUAGAGGUGAAAAGAUGGCUGCACGGUCACACCGGAGCCUUCGACUGGAAGCACACCUCGUCAUUUGUUGCAGAGAAAGAAGGAAACAGCAGCCAAUCAGAAGAGAAGGAUAAGCGCCUGAAGGCGAAAAUUAAGCACGUGUUGAAAUGUUGCAUCGAUAAAGAAAACAUCACCGACCCCCUCCAGUUACCACCAGCCGACUGUCUCUUUAUUGGAUUAGUCCUGGAUGUCGUCAGCAAAGACAAAGAUGAAUACAUCAGGAACCUCAAACUGUUCACUAAGCUGCUGAAGCCCGAUGGACACUUAAUAUUAUUUGGGUUGCUGCACGCGACAUAUUUCACACUCGAUGGAGAAAAGUUCCAUGUUCUUGAAUACGACAAGAGUUUCCUGAUAACAGCUCUCGAAGAAGAAGGGUACUCCAUCAGGCACUGUGAGGUUCAACGUAGGAGAAAGGAGAGUGACCUGAGUGAUUUUAAAGCGGUCGUCUUUGUCGCAGCUCGGAAAGAGGAAGAAGAUUAGCACAGAAAACAAUCAAAAUAAACUACUUAUAUACU